CAUUGAGCAGGGUAGAACACUCUAAAAACCUCCGAGGCCAAAGCACCACCGUCAGAUCCAUAGUUACCCCCAUCUUUGUAUUACCAGUUUUGUUUCCCACGAUCUUGUUCUUCUCCUACUAGUAGUACGAGUCAGCUCUCCUCGCUCGACCAACCCUCGCGUGACAACGCGACCGAGUCGUCACUGGUGACAGCCUGAGUCUGUCGCGGCGAUAGUUGUCGACGCACGCCGCCGGUGCGCCGCCGUAUGAAGAGCCAUCUCGGGCUUCAGCAGCUGCUGCUGCUGCUGCUCACGUGCUGCUGGCUGCAUGACCGUACGCCGGUGGAGGCGCGGCGAAUUCAGACGGCAGACUUCCAGGUAUUGUCACAGCUGCUGGCGGCGUGGGGCACCUUUGCUGAAGGCAAGACGUGGUCGGCCAACAGCGACUGCUCCACCGUGCAGGGCGUCACAUGCGACGCCGAUGGCUACUUGCUCACCCUGUCAGCACACCCAUGCCCCUUGCGCGACCCAUGCCCUGCUUACACUUGUCAAACUGUCCAGCCUUCCUGUGAGGCACGGACGCCUUGUCGCACUGUCAUGCCAUGCUAUUCGCCCCAUCACCGGGCACUCUUCCGCUGCAAACACCCCAUUCGCAUAUGCACGCAUGCGAGGCAGGCAUGGGAAUCACCUUUCUUUCCCUCGAAAUUACUUUUCUCCCUUCAGCGCAAUAUACGACCAUGUGUUUGAGAAGCCCAUCCCAGACGCCAUCAGUGGCCUGCAGCACCUCACGUAUCUAAGCAUCAUGGCGAGCCAUUUGGUGGGAUCGCUGCCUGCAGCGCUCUUCAACCUGACGCUGCUCAGAGGCAUCCUCUCAGUUUCUCCCUUGGCGGCACAUCUGUAACGCCCCCAUCUAUCGCCAUAGGCCUGGCAGAUAAUCUUUUGAGCGGACCCAUACCCGAUGCACUGUCGCACCUCGGCGAGCUUUGGACACUAAACCUUGGGGGCAAUUUGUUCACUGGCAGCAUUCCCUCCGUUAUCAGCACCAUCACCACCCUCCGGUUAUUAACUUUGGAGAAGAACCGCUUCUCUGGGGCCAUACCCGAUUGGAUUUCCACAGUGGCAAGACUCCGGAGCCUGUAUGUAGUUGUGAGCUUGUAUGUGUGCCUGACAGCUAUGAGUGUGGGCCUACACCUGAGAAUAGCGCAACCAGUGGCAGGACAGCAGUGGAGGUGAGACAAACAAGUAGUGGCCUGUAAAAUCGAAUACGAAUUCGAGUUCGAAUAUUUUUCCCCGAAUAAUUGCGAACAGAAGCUGAAUUUGUAUUUGGCCGAAUAGUUUCUUUCCCGUCGAAUACGAACUCGAGUCGGAUACUGGGAUUCCGUGGAGGCCGUGUACAACCUCAUGAACCCCGUGUACGAGGUGCUGAGAGCGGUGGACCGCAGAUCUCUGCUUAUGGGCAGAAUCUACGGCCUAAUGCUCGACGCCACCGUCAAGACAAACAUGGCGGCCGAGGCAGCGGGUAAGGGCCCUCACUCGUCCCCAUCGCCCAUUAUGGUCGUUCUUCUUGCAUCAUUUCAGUGUCUUUACUGCUCCCGCCUUAACAUAUGUCCAGCACCUCGAAAAUGCGUGCGAAUACCGAAUAUUGUAUUUACAGGCUUAGUCACCAUUGUAUGCCAGUAUGAGAUGGUUUGUGGUCUUGCAUAGGUGUAGGUGCACCCUGCAAAUUCUGUGCCCUGCCACUCCUAGAGCACGAAACACCCGAAAUUUACCUAUCGUGAUGCGAACUGUUAGUAUUUGCUGCACAGAUGCGUCUUCCUUCCGCCCUUCCUUGCAGCAACCUCCAGUGGAACCUUCUGAAUGGCACCGUACCAGCGUCUCUUGGGCGCUUGACAGAGCUCACCAAUCUCGAUCUUGGAUCAAACUUCCUAGAGGGGUCUAUUCCUGAGGAGCUGGGCAACCUUGUGAACUUAAAAUCGCUGAUCCUUUGGAGAAAUCAAUUUAAUGGCACGAUUCCUGCCUCUCUGGGGGCCCUGGAGAAGCUUACUGAGAUGCAGCUGGCAUGGACAAACAUUUCUGGGACCCUGCCAUCCUCCAUUGGAUCCCUGACUGGGCUUGACACUCUGUACCUGGAGAGCAUGUCGCUCACUGGCACUAUCCCCCGAUCAUUCUCCAAUCUUCAAUCUCUUAGCCUUCUCUUCUUGAACAACAAUUCUCUCUCAGGCGAGGUGUUCAACAUUACCAGCACCAUGACCAGAAUUAUCACCCUAGACGUGUCCAUGAACCAGUUCACGGGUCGCCUGCCCGCGCCCCCAUCGCCCCUGCUGCAGUUCUACUACGCGCACCGCUGCUUCUUCUCCCACGGUGCUGUCGUGCCGCCCAAGGCAAACCGCACCUUCUACGGCAAUGUCUUUGAGAACUGCCUGACAAACGCCUCCCUGGUAGCUGGGGUGUUUGAGGAACAGCUGCGGCCGGAGGAGUGCUCCGCCUUCUGUGGUCAGGCUGCUGGGGAUGCCAGGCCACUGUGCAGUGGGCAUGGCGUGUGCUCGUACAACGCGUCUGUGCAGGAAUCAGCGUGCACCUGCGAUAGCAACUUCGACAACCAGGCCGGACCCCACUCCUGCACGUACAGCGUGCUCCCCUCCACCGAGUCGUCCCAGUCAACGGCGGUCUCCCUGUCUGCUGCAGCGACUCAGCUGUUCAACGGCACCAUCAUCCUCACCCCAUCCGCCAGCAGCACAUGGGGGGCAGCCGUGGUGCAGACGCCCAUCCGCCUCUUCCACUUCAUCGACAGCCCCGGCCCGUGCGGCACCCCCUUCGCCUUCAACGCCUCCUUCACCUUCGCCAUGAGGCCAGCAGCGCAAGGCGGGGGGGGAGAAGGGCUGGCGUUCGUGGUGAGCGCGGCGGCGCCGCAGGGGUCUGCAGCGGGUGUGGGGCUGGGAGGGGUGGGGCGGCGGAGUGUGGGAGUGGAGUUUGACUCGGUGCUGAGUGUGAAGCAAAGCGACCCCAAUGACAACCACGUGGGCGUCAAUGUGGGCGGCUCACCUGUGUCCCUCGCCUCUGCCACGGCCCCUCUCAUCCUCAAUGACGCCCAAACCAAGCACGCCUGGAUACACUACGAUCCCACCAGCGGCGGCACUCUUCGAGUCUUCCUCUCCUCUGACCCCGUGCAGCCCCUCACCCCCACCCUCCGCGCCCGAGUGUCCCUCUGCUCCAUCCUGCAGCCCACUGCUGCAGAGACCAACUUCUUCUUCGGCUUCAUCGCAUCGACAUCAGAGAGGGCCCAAGAGAAUGUCAUCCUAAAAUGGGAGAUUGUUACAGGCUUACCUCCACGACUUGCUCUCAAUUCACAAGGCCUGGCGCUGGGGUUUGUGUUGGACGAGGACUCCUUCUCAUCUCAGGGAUUCAACUCCGCCUUCCACUACGCCAGUGCGGGAUUCGAGCCAGCGCAAAACAACAGCCCCUCAUGGCUUGUCAAGUCUUUUGCUUCCUGGAUGUUGCCCGAACCCAUCUGGCCAGUCAAGAACCAAGGGGGCUGUGCGGACUCGUGGGCGUUCGCAGUGGUGGCAGCGGUGGAGGCAGCCCACAGCAUUGCCAGCAACUGGUCGCAGCCCCCCGUGCUGUCGGUGGACCAUCUGCGCCUCGCCCUCUCCUCCAACUGCGACGGCGGCUCCCCCACCAAGGCGCUGCAGUUCCUCCUCAACGCCACCAACCAGGGCAGGGGGCUGCUGGAGGAGGCGGUGUACUCGCAAGGGCUGGCACUCAACGGCAGAUCUCUGGCCAGCACGAGAUACUAUGGCAUCCGGGGCAUCGAGCGCACGGCCUUCUACGGGUGGUUUGGGGUCAUGCUGGCAGUGCAGCGCCAGCCAGUCAUUGUGCACAUCGAGGCCUCCGCAUCCUCCUUCCAAGACUACGAUGGGAGCGACACAUAUGCUGACGAGGGUUGUUUCACGGACCAUCUCAACCAUGCGGUGCUGGUGGUGGGCUAUCUGGUGGCUGGAGUUGACUCUGCUAAGCCCGACCUGCCGCCGCCCUUCUGGAUCAUCCGCAACUCAUGGGGCACAAAGUGGGGCGACCAGGGCCACAUGCGAAUGGACAUUCGCAGUGGAGAUGGCAUCUGCGGCAUCAACACUCUGCCGGGGCUUUUCCCCGUCGUCAGAAGCAAUGCAGAUCCGUGUGGGUUGCACUCCUUCAAGUACAGUCUUCUGGGCGCCACCUUCAACCCGUGUGGCCAGUUCCAGUGCGGCGCCAAAGGCGCCAGCAAUCGCUGCAAGUGCACUGAUGCGCGCUUCCCUCAAGUCAAGAACACCGAUGGAUCCUACACCUGUGCUUACGUGGACGUGUGUGGGUCCAGCAGUCGAAACCCGUGUGUGGUGGGCACAUGUGUGAACGAUGGCAGGGGAAGCUACUCCUGUGUGUGUCCCAGGGGCUUCAUUCAAGGCACCAUGAUUGGUGGAGGCUUCUCUUGCACUCCUGGGCAGGCGCAGGGCACGUACACGGCUCUGGGUGCCAACGUGCUGUGCUCGCACAUCACGGCUGUCUUCAGCCUGCUGCUCGCCAACUUCCUGCUGCAAAACAAGGGUGUUUCAUGUACCAAGCCUCUGCCCAUCAACAAGAAGUUCUAUGUUGUGUCCAACAUCAGUGACUGCAGUGUCUUCUACAGCACCAAUGCAGGCGACACGUGUGCGGGGGUGGGGCGGCAGGUGGAGCUGUGUGGGCAGGCGGCCUCGGAUGCGGCGUGUGAGGCAGCAUUUCAGGCGCUCAACCCCGCUGUGGACUGCUCGUCCCUGAAGCCCUCCCAGGCGGUGUGCGUGGAGAGACACCCCUCCAAGGCCAACCGCAUAGCGGUGUGUGACGAGUAUCAUCGGCCGCAAGCAGCAGACACGUGUGACAGCAUCAGGGACGCCGCUGCCCCUCCUCUGAGCGCCUUGGAGCUGUACCGCCUCAACCCCGGCAUCAACUGCAACCAGCUCAUUCCGGCGAAAGACUUCCACUUCAAAGGGUCCCUUGAACGAGAGAUCUGCACCAAGAGCUCAACAUCAUUUGCCAUCGGGACCUGUCCAACAGACAACCAGUACUACUUCAUGCCCACGGACACCUGCAACAGCGUCCAGAUCACGCACUUCCAUGGCAUCAAGGGCUGCUAUCGGAAGAUCAAUGGUUAUGAAUGCGUAGACAAGAUGAUCCCUGGAACAAAAGUCUGCCUACCGAACUAUAGUAGUUCUCGGACUGGAGAUUGUCGUUAUUGAGGGUUGAGAUAAUGCAUUUUACGAUCGUGUUGGAGGCACUUUUAUCCGCCAAAUGU